CCGCUUUGCCAGGAAAGUAAACACACCAUUCCGUCAAGAUGGCCCCGCUCUCUGUGUUCCGAGCGGCACUUCUGGUGUCGUUUUCAGUGUUUCUAACUGUUGUGUUGGGUUUGGGACUGCCUGCUCUGCUGAACGCAGCGAUGAGGAUGUUGGGAUUACCGGAGACGAGUGUCACCGAGUGCAUAGUUACGAUGUAUUUACUUUUUGUGUUGUAUGUUGCGACGCCUCGAAUCCCCAGAGGACUGGUGGAGGUGAAGGGGAAAGCUGUGUUUGUCACAGGUUGCGACAGUGGAUUUGGUCAUUCGCUGGCCAAACAUUUGCACAAGCUUGGCUUUACAGUCUUUGCUGGAUGCCUUCUUAAGGAUAAAGGUGGAGAGGGUGCGAAGGAGCUCGAGGAAUUCAACUCAGAUCGCAUGAAAGUCGUCCAGCUGGACGUCUGCAGUGAUGAACAGGUGAACCAGGCUGUGGAAUAUAUCAGGGACAACCUGGCUGACUCAGAAAGAGGUCUGUGGGCUGUGGUGAACAACGCUGGUGUGUCCACAUUUGGAGAAGUAGAGUUUACUUCCAUGGACACCUACAAGCAGGUGUCCGAGGUCAACCUGUGGGGCACUAUCAGGGUCACCAAAGCUGUUCUACCGUUAAUCCGCAGGGCCAAAGGUCGCGUUGUGAACCUGAGCAGCAUGUACGGCAGCAUGGGAAAUGUCAUGCGGUCACCUUACUGCAUAUCUAAAUAUGGCGUUGAAGCUUUUUCUGACUGCCUUCGCUAUGAGAUGAAGGCCUGGGGAGUGAAAGUGUCCAUAGUGGAACCGGGGAACUUCAUCGUGGCCACCGGCAUCCUGACCCGCGACAUCGUGGCCUGCACGGCCAAUAAGCUGUGGAAUGAGGCGCCCUCGCACGUGAAAGAGGAUUAUGGGAAAGCCCACUUCGAGCAACACAUGGCUCUGAUGCGCUCCUACUGCAACAGCGGGCAGAAGGAUGUGGCCCCUGUUCUGGAUGACAUCACCGAUGCCAUCAUGUCCAAGCGUCCGUAUACGCGUUACAAUCCCACGGAGCCACACUGGUGGAUCAGAGGGCAGCUGAUGACCCAUCUGCCCGCCGCCAUAUCUGACUCCCUCUACUUCUAAAAGAGGAGCUGUUCCUGUACCCUCCAUUCUACCGCAACCCCCCCCCCCCCCCCCACAGAUAGCAGCAUAAUCUUCAACCAUGCAGAUCUACAAACUUACCCUGAGGAGGGGGUCUCUGCUAAGUAUUCCUCAGCAAUUGCAAUCAUUCACUGAUCAAGCCUUAAAACAUGAUGGUUUUUAAACUGUAAGUAUAUUGCACUUUGCUUUUUGGUACAUCUGACAAGUAGUUUCAUGUAUACAGAUACAUUCAGUGGUAAGUGGUAACUACUUUGUGUUGGACAUCAGCAGGGCUAUGACAUGCUAGGCAUACUGUAUCGUUAUUGCUUGUUGUGAUUUUAGAUUGAGAGAAAAAGAUUGUUUGUCUCUUUAUAUCUUUUUUUUUUAAAUCUUUUUUCCUGAUUCUUGUGAUGUUUUGCCUUAUGAGAAUCUUUUGGAGCCCCACUGACAGGAGGACCAGAGCUGGUACAGCUCCCGCUGUUCUGUUGUGGCUGUCGCCGGAACGAACCAAGGUCAGCUACUGUAAGACUGUGGUCAGAUUUGGCUCGGCUCACCCACAGAGUUACGUAACAGCUAACACAAGCCCACUUUGUCUCACAUGCACCAUGAGAUCCUGCAUGCUACGUCCACAGUGAGGUUGAUUGGUGUGAUUAAUGGGCGUGCUUGACAAAAAGAAAAAAGAAAACGCACCCACUGCAUACUUGGUGUUUUGUACAUAGAAUUAUGUGAAUGAACAGAGCAUUUUAUUUUGAAAAUAUCACAAUCACGCUAUCAUUUUUUUUCCCAAGAAUGAUUUGAAAUAAAUGUGA